AACUCAAACCAUUCCACUUCAAGAAUUCAUGGCUGGAUUAACCAAAAUUGUAUUUGUGGGUAACUUACCCUACUCACAUUCGGAUGAACUACAGAAACAACUUGAAGAUGUUUUCAGUACAGUCGGUUUGGUAUCAAAUUUUAGAAUUGCUUUUGAAAAAGAGACAGGAAAACCUCGAGGAUUUGGUUUUUGUGAAUAUUUUGACACACAAACGGCCGAAUCAGCUAUUCGUAAUCUCCAAGGAAUCGAAAUCGGAGGUAGAGCAUUACGAUUAGACUUUGCUGAUGUAGGUAAUCACGAUACCAGGGAAGCUGGUGGUCGACCUCCGCCUCCAAAAGGUCGACGUGGUGCUGCUAUGGCACAAGCCAAUCGUGAUGAAUUUGGUGGUGGUGGUGGUGGUGGUGGACGAGGUCCAAUGGGUAAUGGAAACGGUCAAGGACCCAUAGGUGGAUUACCUCCUGAUCUACCGCGAGGUCAACCCUUGGUGGCAGGACAGGCGGCCACUGAUCAAAUCUCUCAGACCUUGGCAGCAAUCCCUCCCGGUCAAUUGGCCGAGAUCACUGGUCAAAUGAAGCAAUUAGUAGCUACAGCACCGGAUCAAGCUAGGCAACUCCUCACGGCCAAUCCACAAUUGACUUAUGCACUUUUUCAGGCAAUGUUGAUGAUGGGAAUUGUAGAUGCUUCGGUCCUGACUCGUAUGCUAGCCCCAGCACCUGCUAUCCCGCAGCCCCAGCAGCAUGCAGCGCCUAUAUCCCAUCAACCAAAUCGAAUGGCCAACAUGAACGCUGGUUUUGGUACGCCAACCUAUCCAACCCAGAUGCGACCCAACUUGCCUGUACAACCGGCUACUUCAUAUAGCAACCCAGCACCACAGGUGGUACCUAAUUAUGGUGUCAUACCUCAAGCUGCACCUGUACCGGCUCCUGCACCUGUACCAGCUCAACCACAACAGCCUCCAUUAUCAGCAGCAGCGGCUCAACAAGCUCAAUUAAUCCAACAAGUUCUUUCACUCACUCCUCAACAGAUCGAUGCUCUAGCUCCCGAACACCGGAAUACAAUAUUGCAAAUUCGACAACAAGCACUAGGAAAUUUAGCACGAUAAAUCUAUUUCUUCAUCAGCCUACCUAUGUGUUUUGUUUUGUUUUUGUUUUUUUUAUGUUCGGUUCUGAAAUAAAAGUUUGAUAUCCUCUAUAACCCAUCAAUUCUUGAUAUUUUUUUUGUCUCGUGUGUCGAAAAUCAUCGAAAUAGGAUGAGAUAAACAGUGAUUUUGAGUCAUGAUCAAAUGUAUCAUUUGUGUUUAGAUUCAUUUUUGUUAAUGAUUAUUAUACAAAUUGAAGUAAAUCAGUACUUGUUAUUGCUUUAUUACUGUUGAUUUAUCUGAUAUUGCUUUGAGAUGUCAUAAAAAAUGAACCAA